AAAAUAAGCGGCCGGCGGGGCCCGCGGGCGCGUCCCGGUGGGGCGCAGCACUUUCGGUUCCUGUUGCGCGCGGGGCAGCGGCACGUGGCGGGGCCAAAACCGGCCCGAACCGGCCCAAACCGGAGCCCGAACCGGAGCCCGACCCGGCCCGGCAUGAGGCGGGCCGCGCCCCGGCUGUAGCCGCCCGCAGGAACCAAAUGUCAUGGCUGACGAAGAGCUGAGCACCCGAGCCACCGAAAAGGGAAGUUUGUCACCCAGCAGCUCCCGGGGCAGCACGACCGAGUCAAGCACGCUGCUGCAGGAGCUGAAGAGCAGCAUCUCCAAAUCCGUGCAGAGCAAAGUCGACUCCAUCCUGGUGAGUGCCUCGGCGGCACCUUGUGCUGAGGAUGUCCAGAAGUUUUCAGACAGCGACAAGCUCUACCUCUACCUCCAGCUGCCGUCGGGACCGAGCCUGGGGGAGAAGAGCGGUAGCCUGGACCUGAGCUCGCUGAGCACGGCCGAGUACAUGCACGCGUGCAACUGGAUCCGGAACCACCUGGAAGAGCACACGGACACCUGCCUGCCCAAGCAGGACGUCUACGACGCCUACAAGCGAUACUGCGAUAACCUCUGCUGUCGCCCGCUGAGCGCCGCCAACUUUGGCAAGAUCAUCCGGGAGAUCUUCCCAAACAUCAAAGCCCGACGGCUGGGAGGCCGAGGACAAUCAAAAUACUGCUACAGCGGGAUCCGGAGGAAGACGGUGGUCAGCCUGCCGCCCCUGCCCAGCCUGGACCUCAAAGUGACGGAGACCCAGUCGGAGCUGACGGACCUGGUGCAGUCCUACAACAGCGAGGUGAUGGAGGCGGCCUGCGCCCUGACCUGCGACUGGGCCGAGAAGAUCCUCAAGCGCUCCUUCAACAACAUCGUGGAGGUGGCCCAGUUCCUCAUCCAGCAGCACAUCAUCAGCUCCCGCUCGGCCCGCGCCGACCUGGUCAUGGCCAUGGUGGUCUCAGAGAGCACAGAGAAAAUCCACCGUGAGAGUCGGACCCCGGCGACGGUGAAGAAGAACGGCCUGGACGCCUCCGAGAGCAGCGACAGGAGCCAGGGGCAGGUGAGACCCCACUGGAGCCGGGUGGGGAGCCGGGCCCCCCACUCACCCUGGGGGGCACAUGUUCGGGGAAGCAGCCCCGCGCUGCUGCGGUGUCCCCCCUGCCAGUGCCUCUGCCUGCAGAUCAAGAAGGAGAGCGGCCCUAAGCCCCCUGGCCCGCCCCGGCCCGAGAAGAAGAAGCCCCCGGAGCCCCCCAAAACGGCCAGCAGCCCCCAGGUGAACGCCCUGGUCGCCCGCCUGCCCCUGCUCCUGCCCCGCAUCCCGGCGGGGGAGCGACCGACGGCGCCCGGUCCCGCCUCCGUCCGCUCCUCCCCUCCUGUCCUGGCACCCAAAAUCACGGCCGCCCCCCUGGGGGGCACCGUCAAGGUGGCCCUGCCGCUGCCGGUGGGCACGGCCUCCCCCUCCCUGCCUCUGGGGCUGGCCCCGGGGGCCAACGGGCCGGCGGGGCUGCUGAGCCAGCAAGCCGCCGUCCCCGUCCUCAACGUGCUGCUCCCUGGCGUGGGCGUCCCCCCGGCCGAGAGCCCCGCCAACCCCCGGAGCGUGGGGGGCAGCGGCGAGGGGCCUGGCCUCCAGGACUCCCUGCGCCCCAAGGCCACCAAACGUCCCCUGGAGCCGGCCGGCGAUGCCGUCCCACAGAAGCGGAGACGCGGACGGCCGCGGAAGAGGCCGGAGGAAGGGGGCGCGGGGUCCCCGGGGGGGCUGUCAGCGGGGGCUGAUGGUGGUGGCGGUGCCACCGGCCCCCUCGGGGGCAGCCCCCCCAGGGGGUCCCUGCCCGCCCAGGUCAGUGUCAUCCAGGAUGGCAGGACGGGGGCCGGAGUCACUGACGGUGGCGAGCUGGCACUGGAGGAGGGGGCGGCGGCGGCGCAGCAGAGCCUGGGCGAGGCAGGGUCCCCCCUGGGUGACGCGGGGGCUGCGGGGGGCUCCUGUCCCUCUCGGGAUGGCGGGGACCCCCCCCACACACCCCCUGAGGGACAGAUGCUGGCAGGGACGGGUCCUGCUGCUGUGUCCCCACACGCCCCCGCCUCCCGGCAUUAAAAACCAUCCGCUCCA